CCCCGUGCCGCAGACGCAAACGGGGCGGUGGCCCCGGUUAAAGGGGAAACUUGACAGCGCCGCCGCCCGCUCCGCUCCGCGCCCGCUCCGCCGCCGCCAGCGCUCUCCGCUCCGCCGCGAUCUCUGCUCUCCGCCACCGCCAAGAUGCUGCUCUUGCUGCUGGGGAUCAUCGUGCUCCACGUCACCGUGCUGGUGCUGCUCUUCGUCUCCACCAUCGUUAGUCAAUGGCUGGUGAACGGCGAGCACAGGGCAGACCUGUGGCAGAACUGCACCUCCGGAUCCUCGUUCCACUGCCUGGCAUCCUCCUCCAACGAAUGGCUGCAGUCUGUCCAAGCCAUGAUGAUCCUCUCCGUCAUCUUCAGCGUCCUGUCGCUCUUCCUGUUCUUCUGCCAGCUCUUCACGCUCACCAAGGGCGGCAGGUUCUACAUCACCGGAGUCUUCCAGGUCCUGGCAGGGCUCUGUGUGAUGAGUGGCGCUGCCAUCUUCACAGUGAGGCACACGGACUGGCACCAAGCCUCGGAAAACACCUCCUACGGCUUUGCCUACAUCCUGGCGUGGCUGGCCUUCCCCCUGGCCCUGGCCAGCGGCAUCAUCUACGUCAUCCUCCGGAAGCGCGAGUGACGCCGCGGGACCUGGCCUGGUGUGACAGGGGCAUUGGCGACAGCCUCACAGGAGACAGAGGCAGGGGAGAAUAGACGAGAAAACGGAAAUGAAAAUUAACCAAAAAAACAAAACAAAACAAAACAAACAAAAAAAAAAAACAAAAACCAAAAAACAAAACAAGCAAACAAAGAAAAGGAAUAAACCCUUCCAUCCAAACCAAACCAACCCCCAGAGAAACACUCAAAGAGUUCCUUGUUAAUUGAGGAUGUAUAUAGUAUCUAUGGUUUAAAAAACCUAUUUAUAACACUUUUUACAUAUAUGUACAUAGUCUUGUUUGCUUCUGUUGACCAUGCGCUGUUUUAAAAAAGCAAGUGCCUAAGGAACUCUCACUCCUAACAGCAUAACAAGAGCGCAGUGAUUUUUCUCUCCUGCAAAAUCCUCUUUGAGCUGAACUCUCCUGCCCCAUCCCAGCCCCGUCAGAACCCCCAGCUCUGGUUUCGGUCACGGUCCUGCCGUUAGAGGGCUGGGCCCUGCUCCUGCCACAUGCUGUGAUCCAGAGGGCACGUCCAGAUCUGACGGGAGACGCUUCCAAAAGGUUUGAAGGAUUUCGGAGCAAAGGCUUUGAUUGCCCCAAGUGCCUAAAUGACUUAUGUGCCUAAGUCCCAUUGCCUUGCCACCACACCCGCUGGGAAGUUGGGCUUUUAAAUCACUUAGGUGGAGCUGCAAUCCAGCCUGGGCCGUCCUCCCUUGCUCAGCCGCCGGGGUUGGGCUGUGCUGAGCCGAGCCGAGCCCUGCUCCCAGCCUGGGACGUGCUCUGUCCUUGCUGUGGAGCUAAACUGCCCUGAGAAAGCAGCCAGCCCAGUCUGUCCCUGAAAUCCAAUACCAGAUGUAUGAAAUGGUGCUAUCUAUUUGCCAUUCCUUACCCUGCUAAGCCAUUUAACCUUAGUCACUGGAAAUUCAGUUAACGACCUUGAGGUAAACAACCAAGCUAGAAAUGAGAAAUAAUUCUGUGUAAUAUAAAUGAGCUAUAACUGCUUUUGUACUUAAAUUUGCUCUUACUAUUAUUUUUAAUAAAGCAUUUAUAACCAA